UGUUUCCGGGUGAGCCUGUGCCCUUGGCUGGUAGUGAUCGCUAUGGCGGCUCUUGUGAGGAUCGGCUCUGUCUGUCGGAGGAGCGUCCCGCCUCUGUUAUUCCGCAGUUCAUCUCUUGUCCGACCUUUGGCUGCACGUAAAAAGGACCAGGAAUAUCCGUAUUUGUUCACAGCUGAGAUACACGCGUCGCCUUCUUGCAAUGCAAGCGCCGGGUCCAAAGCUGCCUCACUGCACUGGACAGGGGAGCGAGUCCUGAGUGUAAUUCUCCUCAGCAUGGGCCCUAUGGCCUAUUUCUAUCCAGGCCCUGUAAUGGACUGCUCCUUGGCGGCAGCACUUACUUUGCAUGGACACUGGGGGCUGGGCCAGGUUGUGACGGACUACGUUCAUGGAGAUUCUAAAGUCAAGCUGGCCAGAGCAGGCCUCUUCCUUCUGUCUACGGUCACCUUUGCGGGUCUCUGCUACUUUAACUACCACGAUGUCGGGAUUUGUAAAGCAGUGGCUCUUCUGUGGAGUAAAUAGAUGGACUGAAUUGAAGGGGUGGGGAAAGUGAAGUCCGGGGUCCUGGAGCUUUUCUCAUCAUGUCCCAGUUGUUUGUACACAUUUGCGGGAUUCUGUGUAAAUUCUAUAAAUAUAUCAUUUUGACAAUAUACCACAUCGAUGCACAAGUGUUUAUAAUUAAUUGAUUGCUAAUGAGCGGAUAGAUGAAGUGACUGUCGUGGUUAUUUUUUUUUUUAUUCUAAGUUUAAAACUACGACUGCACCAUAUUUCAUAUGGUUAGCGUUUAACAAGGGAAAAUAUCCGUGUCUAGUUAUGUCUGUCCAAGCCGUUUUAAUUGUUGUCCUCAGCCCACAGUUCAGCUCUGAUUACCCAGCUUGAAUGCUUUUUGUGAAACCAGUUUGGUUGAGCUCUUUUAUGGAGGCAUUCUGAGGUAUUUAUCACCGAUGAUAGACAUUAAUUAAUGUAACAUGUUUUUUUUUCCUCAGGCUGUUAGAGACCCUCACGUUUCCCUACCAUGACGUUUGUUUUUUUGUGACUGAAGUCUUCCUUGAUUGGUAAUUGCAGUUGAGAGGAAGACCACUGAGCACUUCAGCCUCAGAUAGCACCUUUGCAUGGCCUCAGUUCAGAUCAAAUCGAGCAUGUAUUAGUAGUUUGUCAUUAACCUGUAAUCAGUGGGCAACACCUUGUAACGUGUGACGCUCUGCUUAUGUUCGUUGGCUUUGUCUGCAGUUUUAGCUGUCUCUAUAUGCCUUUCCCUUAAUAAGACUUGCGGCUCAGUGUGAUCAAAAUGAUCGAAAGCAGGUUCGCUCAGUCACGUCUGCCUCUGUACUAAGGUGUGGAAUCAGAUUUUGUAUCGAUCAGGACUGUUUUCUGUAAAGUUGGGGUAUAAUGUGGGUGUAUUUGAUCUCAAAUGAAAAGAAAAAAAAAGACGAUCUUUGUAAACAUGAUAUCCGUGCUUAAGUGUGUUUGUUAAAGCUCAGGCUUGAUCACGAGUGAGACGUCACUCUGUCGCUCAGUGUUCUAGAUCUGCUCUGUCAGAUUUGAAUGCCCAAGGGUAACUGUAUUAAGCCUCACCACAAUAAAGCAAGUUUUGUGGA